UGGCUCGAGCUUCUUCCCCCUCCAAGGGCAGCGGCAGCCCGUGCGUCGCCCCAGCUCUCCCUGCCCGUGCGCAGCACGCGCCCCCGCACAGGACAUGGCGGUGGCCGCCCCGGCCUCUCCCCCGCUGGUGGAGCAGCCCCGCCCGAGGUGGCCCUGUCCUCCGCUGACCCGCGCGUGCUCCUCGCCCGCCCUGCUGCCGCUCGGGCCCCGGGCGGGCUGCAGGAUCCCCCGCUCGCCGCAGAUGCCGGCCUUCGGCGGGAUCCGCCUGCCCGACUCGUCCCCGGCGGCGACUCCGCUGCAGCUGUGGCCGCCCACGCCAAGCCCGACCACGGCCCAGGCCAGGGCGCCGGAUGCCUGCGCGCCGACGCCGAUGCCCAUGCCGAGCUUCGACGAGGGGUGCUUCGUCGGUGGAGGAGCGCAGGCGGGCUUCCCCCCGCUGGACGUGGCCGGCAUGCAGAUGGCCCAGAUGGACCCCAGCCUGGCCUUCCUCGCCGCUCAGCUCGGCCACCCGGCUGACCAGCACCCGCACUACUACGAGCCCCUGGCGCCGUGGAUGACUGCGGCGCCUCCGCAGCUGCAGACCAGCUUCGCCCUGCAGCUCAGCGACAUGUUGGCGCCCCCGGCGCACUCGACGGCCGCCGCGCCCCACGUCUUCGGGCUGCCGACGCUGGCGGAGGACCAGUCCGCCGUGGAGACGGGCGCUCCCUCCUGGGUUGCUGCAGCUCCCGCGGCCCAGGCGCCCUCCGUGCCACCCGCGCCCGCCGUGCCGCCGGCGCCCGCCGCGCCCGCGCCGGAGCCGGCCGGCGACCGAGCAGCGCCGGCGCCGCCCGCCCCCGCGGCGGAGCCCGCCGAGCCUCGCGCGUCGCUCGGCUCCGCGGAGCACGGCACGGGCAACUGCAGGCCGUGCGCUUGGUUCUACAAGCCGAAGGGCUGCGAGAUGGCCGCCAACUGCGACUUCUGCCACCUCUGCCCCGACGGGGAGCUGAGGAACAGAAAGAAGGCCAAGGUCGCCGCGAUCCGCCAGCGCGCCAGCAGGUGACUCGGCGCAGGCGCGGCCGCGAAGGAGUCCCCGCGGGGGUCUGUCGGGCCCGGGCCGUGGCCGAACGGUGAGCUCGUCCUGGCCGCCGAGGGCCUGAGUUUCCUGGCACGCUGCCCGCCAGAAGUGCGGUGCGCGUCGAUCAGCCAGCUCGGUGUUGCCCCGGUUAGGCCAAGAGCAGAGCAUCGGAAAAAUUUAUCAGCAUGCUUGCUCGAGGUCAGCGCGAAAUUAUUGCACGUCGACCAACGAAUGACGGAGAUGACGACUUGAACGGACAAGCCCCUCCGCCAGCACGCCAGCAGGUGACUCGGCGCAGGCGCGGCCGCAAAAGAGUCCCCACGGAGUUUGUCAGGCCUGGGCCGUGGCCAGGGUGAACUCGUCCUGGCCGCCGAGAGCAUGAUUUUUCUAGCACGCUGCCCGCCAGAAGUGCGGUGCGCGUCGAUCAGACAGCUCGGUGCUGCUCCGGUUGUACCAAGAGCAGAGCAUCGAAAAAAUGUAUCAACAUGUUUGCUUGAGGCCAGCGCGAAAUUAUUUGGUCUGCGCUGGAGCCCCCAAGGAGGGAG